UGGAGCCGAGAUGGAUGGUAUCAAAGCAGCGAGUGGGCAGCAGGUGAAGCUUCAGAUAGCAAGACAGCAUCUGGUCAGCGCCCGGACACCGUCGUGCAGUUGAAGAGGGUGCUCGGGCUGAGGAAUGGUGUGGGCUUGAUCGUGGGCAACAUGAUCGGGUCUGGCAUCUUCGUGUCGCCCACGACGGUGGUGCAGUACACAGGCAGUGUUGGCAUGGCACUGGUGGUGUGGGUGGCCACAGGACUCGUGACCACGGUGGGAGCUCUCUGUUACGCCGAGCUUGGGACGACUAUUCCCAAAAGCGGAGGAAACUACACGUACAUCCUGGAAGCGUUCGGUCCCCUGCCUGCCUUCCUGGUGAUCUGGACCAACUUUUUCAUCGCCAAGCCCUUCGCCCGCGCUAUUGUCGCCAUCACCUUCGCCAACUACCUCCUUCAGGUGUUUAUUCCUGACUGCUCCUCGCCUCCCUACUACGCUGUCAGACUGCUGGCAGCUGCCUUGCUCUGUCUAAUUGCAUACAUUAACUGCAUCGGCGUCAAGCUUGGGUCGCGAGUGCAGGACACACUGGCUCUUACCAAGGUGGUGGCCCUGUUCAUCAUCAUCAUAGCUGGGGUCCAACAUCUGGCCCGGGGCCAUGUUGAGUACUACGUGGAUCCAAUGAAAGGAACUGUGUGGGAUGUUGCCUCAUUCGCCACCGCCUUCUACUCAACACUUUUCGCCUACAAUGGAUGGUACAGUCUCAACUUCGUCGCCGAGGAACUGAAAUCGACAGACACGACUAUGCCGCGAGCCAUCGCUAUCUCAAUGGGAAUAGUGACAGUGAUAUACACACUCACCAAUGUUGCUUACUAUGCUGUCUUGACUCCUGCUGAGAUCCUCUCUUCCAGUGCUGUGGCUGUGACGUUCGGUAACAGGAUGCUGGGAGUGCUGGCCUGGAUCAUAGCCUUCUUCGUGGCCUGCUCCACCGCUGGCAACACCAACGGUAGCCUCAUGAUUCAGUCCCGCACAGUGUAUGCCGGAGCGCGUGAGGGCCACUUUCCCAAGUUCCUGGCACUCCUUGACGACAAUGCCACACCUGUCACCGCAGUCAUGUUUUCAGCUGUCAUUCCACUAGUGGCUCUCAUGGCUGACAACGUCGGAGGCCUCCUGGCCUACACCUCCUUCUCCAACAACCUCAUUAGUCCUCACCGCCGUCCUGGGUCUACUGUGGCUCAGGUACAAAGAACCAGACAGACCGAGACCCUUCAAGGUUUGGCUGGGAUUCCCAAUCAUGUACUUGAUGGUGAACGUAUUCCUGGCGGUGUUCCCCAUUGUCAGGAGACCUGUGGAGAUAGCCGUCGCUCUAGUUACCAUGAUUUCUGGCCUCCUGGUCUAUUACAUCUGCAUUCACCGGACCAAGCCAAGAUUACUUUCCAAAAUCAUAGGCAAGUUGACAUUCUUGUGUCAGGUGUUGUUCAUGUGUUCGCCAGAGGAGAAGAAAGAGUGAAAGUACAUCAGCGUGUGUGUUGAAAACCCUCUCAUCUCUCCGGAAGAAAAAACUCUGGUGCAGAAUGAGCCACAGAAUGAUUUUAACAACCUCGGGUGAAUGUUAGGAUAAGACACCAUACAAGUCUGCGUGUCUGCACGGUGUAUGAAGACUGUCAACUCUCUUGUUCGUGGUAAAAACCUUGGUAAUAGAUACCGACAUAUUGAUUUAGAGAAAAAACACGUAAGCAAAAACUAGAACACAUUGGGAACUAUAAAAUGUCUAAAAUAUAAUGGUACAUGAUACUCAGCCAGGUAAUUCAGCACCUACCAAGCAACACAGGAAUCAUAUGACCUCAUUGUCUCCCUGACUUCAUCCCAGUAUGUCAUUCUUCAGGUCACUAUGUGUCACUCACACCUCACUCUCCACCUAUAUAUACUGUCUUGUUAACCUCUGCAUGUUAGAAGUGAUCAAGGUCUCAGGACGCAAACGUUGUUUAAUAUGUUCUAGUGUUUGAUUACGUGUUUUUCUUUUGCUCGUAUUAUGGGAUUAUCUCGGAUAAUGCACUUCAUGAGUGAGCUUGUAAUAACAAGGAAAUUCCAGAGUCAUACACAAACACGCACAAAAUACACACACACACACACACACAUAUAUUAACAAGUGGGCCGUCUCCCACCGAGGCAGGGUGACCCAAAAAGAAAGAAAAUCCCCAAAAAGGAAAUACUUUCAUCAUCAUUCAACUCUUUCACCACACUCACACAUUAUCACUGUUUUUGCAGAGGUGCUCAGAACACAACAGUUUAGAAACAUAUACGUAUAAAGAUACACAAUAUAUCCCUCCAAACUGCCAAUAUCCCAAACCCCUCCUUUAGAGUGCAGGCAUUGUACUUCCCCUUUCCAGGACUCGAGUCCGGCUUUAUAAAAAUAACCGGUUUCCCUGAAUCCCUUCGCUAAAUAUUACCCUGCUCACACUCCAACAGCAUCGUCAGGUCCCAAAUACCAUUCGUCUCCAUUCACCCCUAUCGAAUACGCUCACGCACGCUUGCUGGAAGUCCAAGCCCCUUGCCCACAAAACCUCCCUUACCCCUUCCUUCCAACCUUUUCGAGGACGACCCCUACCCCGCCUUCCUUUCCCUACAUUUAGAGGUGUGCU